CGAAUAAAAGAUUGGUAUCUCUGUUUCCACCAUGUUUCCAAGUCUCAAUUUCAACAAUGGUAGCUCAAGCUUUAUCAGUGCCUGCGAGUGCUAGCUUCACUAUCGCUUCUCGCGCGAGAAGUCCCUCUCGCCUUCUAUUUUAUCGCAGAAACUCGUGCUCGGUAGCUUCUUCUUUGCCAAGCCCAUAUGGCCAUUCAUCAGAAGUUGGGUUAUCAAGUAAAAGCCGUGGCCUUCCUCUAAAACUGGAUGAGAAAAAUAUCUAUGAUGCCAGUACAAGUUAUGGUGCAAUUGAAGCCAAGAAGGGGAAUCCAGCAAUAACACCAGCAGUGAUGACUCCUGGAGGACCUCUUGAUCUCUCAUCUGUUUUGUUUAGGAAUCGAAUAAUAUUCAUAGGACAGCCAGUCAAUUCACAAGUGGCUCAGAGAGUUAUAUCACAGCUUGUGACUCUUGCUACUAUUGAUGAAAAUGCAGAUAUACUGAUAUAUAUAAAUUGCCCUGGUGGAAGCACAUAUUCAGUGUUAGCAGUUUAUGAUUGUAUGUCUUGGAUAAAGCCCAAGGUUGGUACCGUGUGUUUUGGAGUUGCUGCAAGCCAAGGAGCACUUCUCCUUGCUGGUGGGGAGAAGGGAAUGCGCUAUGCAAUGCCAAAUGCCCGCAUAAUGAUACAUCAACCACAGAGUGGAUGUGGGGGUCACGUGGAGGAUGUCAGACGCCAAGUGAACGAAGCUGUUCAAUCUCGCCAUAAAAUUGACAAGAUGUAUAGUGCUUUUACUGGACAACCAUUGGAAAAGGUGCAACAGUACACUGAGAGGGACCGUUUUCUGUCUGUUUCUGAGGCUUUGGAGUUUGGUCUUAUUGAUGGUGUCCUGGAAACAGAGUAUUGAAUACAGGAUUGCAGGAUAUAUUUUAAAGAGAUUGAAAAUGUUAAUUCUUGUCAAAUUGAUGUAGAAUUUCAUUAAUUAAUGAGAAUUGUAUGUUCUUCUUCCUCAAACUUAUGCUAUUAUUGAAAGUUGACUUUCAUAGAAUGGUUUGAUCUAGCAUUUAUAAUUGUGAAGUUCGAGGUAGCUAAUCCUUGUUUGGAUUUGAGAACCUAGGUAUGCACCCCAAACUUGUACUUUGAUUCACACGUUUUAGUAAGUGUUCUCUGUCAAAAUCAGGUUGAGGUUGGAUGUUUA